UAAUCGACAUCGACCAAAUCGAGAAAUCUUUUGUAAAGUUUAUGAAUUAAGUACGUGGAGUGGUAUAAUUUGAUGUUUCAUUACGAGAUAGCAAUCGUUGGGAACUCCACGUAUUGAUGAGAAAACCUCAAUUGUUAUUCUCACUAAAUAAAAACUUAAGAAUGGUGUCAUCUAAUCUUCCACUUUUUUUGGAAGGUACAGUGGUAAAGGGCUUCGGACGUGGUUCUAAAGAGUUAGGCUGUCCCACAGCCAACUAUGAGUUAGAAGUGGUAAAGAAACUACCAGCAGACCUAGAGCCAGGAGUAUACUAUGGGUGGGCUCAAAUAGACAAUGGGCCCAUUUAUAAAAUGGUGGCCAAUAUUGGAUGGUGCCCUUUCUACAACAAUGCUGAAAAGUCUGUGGAAACCCAUGUGAUGCACAAGUUUGACCAAGACUUCUACGGAUCCAAUCUAAGAAUAAGCAUACUGGGUUACCAGAGAGGUGAAAAGAAUUUCGACUCAUUGCAAGCCCUCAUAGAUGCUAUCAAGAAGGACAUAGAAGAUGCCAACAGGAAUCUGGACCAAGCAGACGCACAGAAGAUCAAGUCUCAUGACUUCUUCACACAAACAAGAGAUUGAGUUUUUUUGUACUUAAAAAACUGAAUGUGCCUUGAUCAUUCCAGCAAUGUUCCAGUCUAUAAAUGAUAAUAAAUUAUGAAAUCCAUUGUACACGAAUCCAGUCUAUCAAAUGUACAGUUCUGAAUUUUUAUGUGCAAUAAUUAGUAACUAUAAAUUGAUAUAAUUACGAUUUUUUGCAAAGAUAUCAAUAGUACUUAUCUAG